GUUGAACAAGGUCAACGUGGAGAAAUACUCGCUGGAUAAAAUUGCACCGCACAAGUACAGCAGCAACACGGCCGCCAGCACAACACCCCCGCCAGCAGGUGCCAUGUUGUGAGUAAUGCAAUAUGUGCAGUUGCUUCAUAGGCCCCGCCCUUUCUGAGGAUUCAGGAAGUUGAAUGCGUGUUUUCAUACCGUUUCAUGAAGAAUGGCACCGGGUGUGUUAAAAUGUAUCGAGUGUAAUGCGGAUGCAAACGAGCUGCAUCGAGAUUACAGCAACGGAAUACUAAAGAUCACUAUAUGUGGCUCAUGCAAGAAACCAGUUGACAAAUACAUUGAAUAUGAUCCAGUUAUUAUUCUAAUAGAUGCCACCUUAUGCAAAACCCAGGCCUUUAGGCAUAUUCUCUUCAACACUGAGAUCAAUAUCCACUGGAAACUGUGUGUGUUCUGUCUCUUGUGUGAGGCGUAUCUGCGGUGGUCUCUCCUGCAGGGGUCACAGCUCAGCAAUGACCCAGCUGACAUAAUCAGAUACACUAAAGAAUGGGAUUUUUACUGCAUGUUUGCAUUGGCUGCUCUGGAGUUGGCAGUGUUCUGCGUGGGUGUGCUGGUGAUUCUCUGGUCAGUGCAGUGGUUCUGUGGUGGUGUGUUAGAAUUUACUCCCCUGUUGAAGGCUCUUCUGCUCUCCAGCUAUGGCAAAGUACUGUUAAUUCCAGCAGUCAUCUGGGAGCACGAUUUUUCCCCACUCUGCUUCAGCCUCAUACGACUGUUUGUUCUCACCUCCAAUACACAAGCCAUUAGAGUGAUUCUGAACUGCAGAAGGUGUCUCGCUCUCUUGGCAGUGUGUGGUGGGUUGCUGUUGGAGACGUGUGUUUCCCAGGCUUUAAAAACAUUGCAGGUCUGCUCACAAGACUAUCUGCCAGUGCUCUAGAAGAACGCAAGGACCUCGCUUUGAAAAAAGGAUUGUCUCAAACCUUUGACCAUAGACAUCAAGCAGUCUCGUCUAAAUGGAUCCUCUAUGCAUUAAUGCAAAACUUGCUUCUUGAAAGUCCUCCUUGCCAUUCGCGAGACUGAGGAACACAAAGUUUGAUUUAUGCUUCGAACAAAACUGUUUGGAUGUGGAGGCAAGCUGUCAUUAUUUUGGAAAUGUUGUUUAAUCAAGUUGUUCUUUACAAAGACAUUGUGAAACUAAAUGGUCAUCGAUAGCAAAGAUGAGAAAGCGACGAAAAGCACUAGUCCCAGGGAAAUGUACCUAAAACGGGCUUUAGUGCAGCCAGUGGGAAAGGCCCUUAUGGUAACAGUGUGAUUAUUCGUUUUUUAACAUGCAUUUGCCAAGCCUAUUCCUUUUUUUAAAGGGAUAGUCCACCCAAAAAUGUAAAAAAUUAUGUAAUUGUAAAAUUAUGUCAUCAUAUAUUUGCUCUCAUGUUUUUCCAAAACUGUAAGACUUUCUUCUGUGGAACAUUUUUGGGUGAACUAUUCCUUUAAUACCUGUAGUUUGACUUCUAUUGUAAAUUCACCUCAAGGCAGGGGAACUAGGAUCAGUAUAGGUAGAAAAAGUGCAAACCUGCAGUUUUCUUGAAAUCCUGUAUUUUUACUUCGCCUUUGAAGACACAGCUUCACAUUCCCGAGGUAAUUUGUCAAAUUCCUGCCAUUUAGCUCUGCUGAGAGAAGACGAGAAUACUUAAAUAUACUAUAGAUGCCUGCAGACCAACGUAAACACCAUAUGUUCACAAACAGGUAUGAUGGUAUGGCUUAUAGACUUUCUUUUUCAAACACUUAAAUGCUUAUAUAAUUUACUUUUGUUACAUAAAUGUGAAGUAUUGGCUUUUAGUGUUAACUUGCGCAACAUGAAUGAACUCAGGGAAUAAAUCUUGCACUUCUUUAUAAAUCCAUCGCUUAUUGUUUCAUAACAGUUUAGUGUUUCUGAGGCAAUGUUCUGGGGGAAUGUGGUUAUUAAGGGAUAUGUUUAACAGAUUUCAGCAUUGUUCUGCAUUGGAGCAAAUCUUAAGUGCUUAAAAUAGUUAAUCUUCACAUUUCAUCAAGGUUUUUAUGUAAACUGAAACUAUUGUGGUAAUUAUUGCAUGUAUUAGUAUUUCAUUACCUUUAAAUUACUGUGUGGGGUGAAAUAUUUUGUCAAUCUGUUCUAUACUGCAUAUUUUGUCAUGUGAAGAUUGUUGUGACUAAACACAGGUCAUCGUGAGAUGUCCAGGAGUCGGAACCUUUGUUUUCAUUGCACAGCCAUGCCCAAGUAUUUGUUGAACUCCUUGGCAGAUGGUGAGUCUUCAGGAAAAUUCUGAGAGACCUCUGUGUAUCUGUUUCACAAAUCACUAUUGUUUAGCAGUCAUGUUCCUAAUAAGUCAUGAAACAGGUUUAUCUGAUUAGUAAAGAAUGUAAGGCCAGGCUCCUCUCAAUGCUGAUUGGUCAAUAAAGUGUUCCAGUUCCAUCUCUAAAUUCUGACUGGAUAAGUCAUGUUCGAAGCUAUACCAAUAAGCCCUUAAACCAAUAAACUUGUUACAUUAAAAAAAAAGAUAUAUUUUACAAAUUGUAUUUUAUCAUUACAUCAUUUUGGUCAAGUAUUUGGACUCUUAAUCUUAACUUAAUGCAUGAAUUCCUUUGAAUUUGAGAACAAAACAUCAAACCA